AUGGGUUCUCAACAUCUUCGUCAACAAUUUUUAUUAGAAAAAAGUUCAUCAAACGAUAACAAAAAUAAUUGUGAUGAAGACAAAAAGAAGAACAAACAUAGCCGUUCAAGUCAAAAAAAAAUAUUAAAAUUAUAUUUAGAACAAGUAGAAAAUAUCAACAGUUCUUUAUGUAAAAAAGACAAUAAUGAAUUUCUAUGUUCAAAACAAGUACACGUCAAUAAAUUAUAUGAAUGUAUUAUAUUGAAAUUGAAGUUGAUUAAAGACAAUAAACAUGCGACUAUUGAACAAAAACAACUAGACGAUAUUGAAACUAAUAUAAAACAAUUAAGAAAUGAUAUUCAAACAUUUAAGAAAUUAUCAAAUGAAACAAAUUUAAAACUAUUAUCGAUUUCAUUGUGCCAGUUUGAUGAUGAUUGUAGACAAACCAAUUCUUCCGAUCGUUGUCCUUAUGAUUUCAAAGAAUGUGAAAACAGUGAAUCAAUCUUUGUAUUUGGGUCAAAAUGCGAUGAGGAAUUUUGUCGUUUAGUUGGAGCGGGAUGCGAAGAAAUGAUUGAAUAUAAUGGAAUUGAUGGUUAUCCUAAAAAAGCAUGUUAUAAACAAAAACGCGGUGGUUUCUAUCAGUUUAUGGUAGGACCAUCACCAUAUUAUUGCGAAUGUUAUUAUGGUCAAGCGAUACUGAGAUUGUGUUAUGGAUCAAUGGUGUUUGUGCCAGAUUCAAAUCCAAUUAAUGCUACUUGUAUUAAUCCAUGGCUUUUAAACUGA